GACAAGUGAGGAGAAUCCAGCCGAUCUUGCCUCCCGAGGCAUCAGAGCCGAGGAACUGGUGGACAGUGCCUUGUGGUGGCACGGACCUGCCUUCCUGUCCCGUGCGGUCCUGCCGGAGGGCGAGGGACCACGGGAGGUUGGAGACGAAGAUCCUGAGGUGAAGUCACGCUCUGCUUUCAGCUUCGCCACAGCAGUGCGGGAGGAGUUCGCUGGAAUUCCGAAGAGGCUCGAGUGCUUCUCUAGCUGGUGGCGAGCCAAGCGAGCAGUAGCGACGUGCGUCCUGUACGUGAGGAAACUUCACCACCUCGUGAUGAUGAAGAGGAGUGCCGUGCAGUCACGAGAUGUUCCCAAAACGCAAGUCGGAGUAGAAGAACUGGAAGAAGCAGAGAGGAUCAUUCUGACAGCAUUGCAGCGACAGGAGCUGCCAGGUGAAGUCGACCGCGCUGGACGAUCGGGACAGGCAAGGACGGUGGGAGCCGGCCGGCGGACCGCCACGGUUCCCAAGGAGUUGUCUCGUCUCGAUCCAGUUGUGCGAGACGGGUUGAUCUGUGUUGGUGGGAGGCUUCGCAGGAGCGGUUUUCCAGAGAGUGAGGUGCACCCUGUUAUCAUCCCCAACCGAAGCCAUGUGACGUAUCUGAUCGUCAAGGAGUGCCAUGAGAAAGUCGGACAUGCUGGGCGAGGUCUCACUCUCGCUCGACUGAGGUCAUCUGGCUACUGGGUCGUCGGAGGGAGACGAUCGGUGGCACGCCUGAUUCUGAAGUGUGUCAACUGCAAGAAGCUCCGUGGCCACGUUCUGAAUCAGAAGAUGGCCGACCUGCCGCAUGACAGACUGGAACCUGCGGCGCCUUUCACCUAUUCAGGCGUGGACUUGUUUGGUCCAUUCCUGGUACAGGAGCGACGGAGUGAAGUGAAAAGGUGGGGCGUUCUCUUCACGUGCAUGUCGUCUCGGGCAGUGCAUAUCGAGACGGCAAACUCACUGUCGACGGACUCUUUUCUUAACGCCUACAGACGGUUUGUGAGCCGAAGAGGCCCGGUGAGGGUGCUGCGAAGUGACAGAGGCACAAACUUCGUGGGCGGGAAGAGAGCCUUAGAGCAGGCUUUGGACGAGAUGGACGACGACAGGAUACGCAGAGAGCUGGUGAAGGAGAACUGCGACUGGGUCAUCUUUCGGAUGAAUGUCCCCACAGCCAGCCACGCAGGAGGCGUCUGGGAGCGCAUGAUUCGCUCCGCUCGGGCUGUCUUGGGCGGUCUCGUUCAGGAAUGUCACGGGGCUCGGCUGGAUGACGAGCUCCUGCGAACGCUGCUCUGCGAAGUGGAAGCUAUCGUUAAUAGCAGGCCCCUCACAUCCUUCAACAUGACUCCCGAUGAACCCCACCCAAUCUCACCCAUGACUCUACUAACACAGAAAUGUAAUGUAGUGCUUUCGCCGCCUGGUGCCUUUCAGAGGACUGACGUCUACUGCCGUCGUCGCUGGCGACGCGUCCAGUACCUGGCAAACCGGUUCUGGCAACGAUGGCGCUCCGAGUUCCUCCCGAGUCUCCAGGAAAGGAGGAAAUGGGCGACAGCGCACGAGAACAUCGAACUGGACAGCGUCGUGCUCGUUGUCGACGACAACUCUCCCCGCUGCAAGUGGAUGCUGGGGCGCGUCACGCGGCUUCAUCCGUCCGACGACGGAUUCGUCCGGCGGGUCGCCGUACGCACGAAAGACGGAACAUAUGAUCGACCGAUACAGAAGCUGGUGCGGCUCCUCCCGUAGGCGCCGACUUCGUUGGCGCUCGGCGGAGCUGGGCCGCGCGCUGCUGGUGGCUCCGGCGGCGCUCUGCGGGGCCGGGCCGCGCGCUGGUGGUGGCUUCGGCGGUGCUUGAGCAGAGUUGGCGGCUGCAGCCUUCGACGGCGCUCAGUGGGGGCUGAACUGUGCGCAGCUGUCAGGCUGAACUGUGUAGCUGCUGCGUAGCCUGGACUGCUGCGUAGCCUAGACUGCUGCUGCGACCCUGAGCGUUGCGCGUGGGGCUGUCUGUGGCUCUGCCGGUGACGACAGUGGCUCAUUUGAUAACAGUGGCUCAGACAUUGAAGGUUUAACUGAGACAUACGGUCAUGCAGUGCCUCAGAGCGUGCGACAUAAACAGUUAACAGCCACCGACAGUGUGGUGGUUGUUAGUGCGUUGUGAACUGAGGAGAGUGGCACGUCAGCCGACGAGUGAGCUGACUAGUAUGUGUUGGCGCUCUGUAUCGUGAGCGGCUGCCGAGUGACGCUUAGUGAUGGACGACGGGCAACUCCCGUGACGUAAGAUGAUUUCAGUUUGCCACCAUCUUUACCGUCGUCGGUCGUGUGGCGCAGGAUGGUUGCGCUCCGCGGUCGUGUUGCGCAAAUGUGGACUGUCUUGUUAUAGAAUCGUGACCGAUUGGUGGGAGUGUAACCGCCGCCCAGAGGUCAUUGGGCAGCGAUGUUUUCUUUUCCCCAAUUUGCCGCCUCCAAUUAAUAGAACCUUGAACAGGGCGUGGCACGCGGUGAAGCGUGGCCAUUGACACGUACGAUUGUGAUACUGGGACGUCAGAUCCCACAAAAGUAAGAUUAUUGUCCAUUGAUAAUUGAUUAAUGUUUUACGUACAAUAUAGCGGCACC